AUGUCUUCUAACGAUUGCGACGCGGUGUCCGCAGUGGUUGCGUUAGUUGUGUUCACUCUGCCUCUGACGCUUUUGGUGCCAGGUUUUUCAGUGUGGAAUAUUCUUCCGAAAAUUCGCAUAUCCCGUUUUCAUAUUUUCGACCAGUACCUUACGUGGUCACAGCUUAAUACCGCUCUUGGCACACUACUUGUAAUUUUUUUCUGCCUGUAUCUUGAAAUCCGGAGACGCACGUUAGAUGAAAUGGUAGAAAAUGUAUUAACCGUCAGCCAAGCUACGGAUGCUGCAAUGGAAGAUGAAAGAGACAGACAAGCAGCGGCCGUGAGAGCGUGUGUACAACUUCUAGAUACAUCUGCGGAGCAUUAUGAGAAUCUGAUCCUUUUGCGAGAUGAACUCCGCAAGAGAGAGAAGCCUCUCCAACAUCCACCAAUCAUUGAAUUGUCUUCUUCAGAACUUCAGUAGAUUUUGGUAAUA